UCUUCUCCAUCGGCAAUACAUGGAUCAUUCCAAGACCACAUUCUGUUUUCUUAUCACUCUUUCACAGGUUUCCAUUGCCUCCGAUCGUAUUUUACCUUCGACAUUUUGUAAUUUUCCGGCGAUCUAUAACUUCGGUGCCUCUAAUUCCGAUACCGGUGGCCUCGCCGCCGCCUUCAUUCAGUUUAAGCCACCUAAUGGAAAUACCUUUUUUGGCAUGCCGGCCGGAAGAAUGUGUGAUGGGCGACUCAUCGUCGAUUUCACAGCUGAGAGUUUGAAGCUUCCAUUCCUAAGCUCCUACUUGAAUUCACUGGCGAUCAAUUUCAAACAUGGAGCGAAUUUCGCGACGGCGGGUUCUACCAUAACAUUUCCGACGAUGAACAUUCUCCCCGAAGGUCGGACCAGUCCAUUCUAUCUAGGGUUACAGUGUUUACAAUUUGCCCAAUUCAAAAUCAGAUCCCAAAUUAUUAGGAAGCAAGGAGGAGUACAUGCAAGUCUAAUGCCAUUGGAGGAAGAUUUUGCAAACGCAUUAUACACUUUUGACAUUGGCCAAAAUGAUCUCCUCAACGGCCUUUUACUUAACAUGACCGUACCACAAGUUAUCGCCACCAUCCCCGACAUGGUUUACCAGUUCUCAAAAACCAUCAGGGAUCUAUACAAUUUAGGAGCGAGGUCGUUUUGGGUUUACAACACAAGGCCAAUCGGUUGCUUUCCGUCAAUUCUAACCAUUUAUCCAGCAGCUGAAAGAGACUCCGCCGGUUGUGCAAAGCAAUACAAUGAAUUAGCUCAACGUUUCAAUGCCGAGUUGAAGAAGGCACUGGCUCAGCUAGGUGUUGAGUUACGUUCGGCUACAGUUGUUUAUGUCGACAUUUACUCCGGUCUAUACAGCUUGUACACUGACCCGAUAAAAAAUGGAUUCGAAAGUCCUCUUGUUGCUUGUUGUGGACAUGGAGGAAAGCAUAAUUAUAACGUAGGCGUUGAAUGUGGACAAACCAUCAGUGUAAAUGGCAUGGACAUUAGGGCGGGAUCAUGCAAAGACCCAUCAGUUCGAAUCAGUUGGGAUGGAGUUCAUUUCACUGAGGCUGCUAAUAAGUUUGCUUUCGACCUUGUUUCCACCGGAUCUUUCAACAAUCCGCCUAUUCCUUUGAAACUGGCAUGCCACCGGAGAUGA